CGACUACAUAGAAGUGUUGAAUGACGAAUAACGGUGUCUGAACUAACAAAAGAAGAUGAGUGGUGGUCCUGCAGGGUCGACAUCUUUAUGUUUUAUACCACAAAUAUCAACGGAAAAUUUUUCCCGUCUGUGUCAACUCAUAAUGAAAAUUUGUAGUGAUUUAUUACGGGACAUUUUAAGUCGUUAUAUUAAACCUGCUGAGCUCAGGUCAGAGCUAGAUAAAAACAAAUGCAAACUUGAGAAAAUAAUGAAUCAGCAGCAGAAACAACUAAUCUAUUCAGUCGCUUGUAAAACAUCACUUGCUGCUAAGGACUUAGAUAUUUCUUUACUUUACAUAAUUUUACGUAACAUUUGCAACAUUCCUAGCCAUAAGAACGGAUGGGGAAAACAACCAAUGAAAGGUGACAACAGCAUAUCAGCCUGUAUAGAGCGAAUACGAUUUCAAAGGAACUUGAUAUCAGCACAUUCAACAAACGGCGACGUAGAUGAAGCAAAGUUUCAUAACUAUUGGGAUGAACUGAGCGGCACAGUACUUGAAAUUGAGAAACAAUUGAUUGGUGGAGAAUCUUAUGAACGGGCAGUGAAAAGUUUACUAACCUGCGAUCUCAGCCCUAGUAGAACAGCAACAUACCAAGCAGAAUUCAAAAGAUUACACGAGAGAAUGGAAAAGUGGGAAAGGACACCUAGAAGUAAGCGGGGAAAAAAGAGAAAACACCAUUCGUCCUCUAACAGAAAUGAAAUGGAAGGAAUAGAAAAAAGGCUGAAGUGUUUAGAGGAUGAACAAAACAGAAAAAAAUCUAAACCAAACGAUAACGUACAAAACAUAAAUACUGAGAAAGACAAUAAUAUUUGCUGUCAUAAAGACGACAUUUACGACGAUGUUGAGGACCACGAAAAUAACGAAGACGUGGACGAUGAUGAAGAUGAUUACAAUAUGGAUGAUAACUAUGAUUUCUACGAAGAGGAUGAUGACGACGACAAUGAAUACGAUAAUGAUAUUGAAGACGAUGAUAAUUCUGAUGAAAGUGGCGACGGAGAAAGUGAGGACGAAGACAAUGAAUAUGAUGAUAACGAUGAAUAUGAUGAUAAAGAUGAUUAUGAUGAUGAUGAUAAUGAAGGUGAUGACUAUGAUGAUGGUGAAGACAAUGACAAUAGUGAUGCGAUAUAUGAAGAAACGAGCGACGAGAGUGAUUCUGAAAGCAAAGACGACCUCUUGUUGUCGUCUUAUUACACUGAUGAAGACAGCAACGACACAGAUAAUUAUUAGGAUGAUUAAGAUAUAUGUAUAUUGUGUUAAUUUGUCCUAAAAUUAAAAGUAUACCUCUGCAUUUUUGAUACAUCUUUUUAUUACUCAAAUAAGAAGAAUUAAUUUAAGAAUUGCUAUUUUUUAUUCAUGGCACAUUGUUACGAAGAUGCAUGUAUAUUAGGUUUACAUGUGAUUAAAGUAGAU